ACAGCCCAUUAUCCCUUCUGUUGAGUUAAACAAGGACAGGUGUCUCCUCCCAGGCUUGGCUGCAUCCAUCUCUCCUCCUCCUCACCAACUCCUCCAACAGUAUAAAAAAUCAGCCGCUCUCUGAGCUCCACAGUCUUGUCUCCUCUCCUCAGCUGAAGCAGAAAGACAGCCUCCUUUACCCUCAUCUCAAUAUGAAUUUGUACGGGAGCGCCAGAUCAGGGAGGGCUGGGACCUCUCAAUCCCUCUACGGAAUGUCAUCGGUCAGAAUGUCCUCAGGUUCCUCCUAUGGCGGAGUUGGCGGAGGUGGCAGAGGUGGUGGAGGUGGCUUCCAGUACCAAAGUUAUUCUAGUGGUGGUGGAGGUGGAGGUGGUUCUGGGUUCUCCUUCGGUGCUGGCGGUGGCGGUGGAGGAGAGAUGGACAUCUCUGCCAACGAGAAGGCCUGCAUGCAAAACCUGAAUGACCGUCUGGCCGCCUACCUGGAGAAGGUGCGCAGUCUGGAGGCUGCCAAUAGCGAACUGGAGCUGAAGAUCAGACAGUUCCUGGAAAAGAAGAGCUCCCCGUCCUCCAGAGACUACAGCGCCUACUAUGCCACCAUUGCAGAGCUGCAGGGAAAGAUCCAGAAUGCUACCAGAGACAACGGUGGUAUCUACCUCUGCAUCGACAAUGCCAAACUGGCUGCUGAUGAUUUCAGGCUCAAGUACGAGAACGAGCUGGCCAUGCGCCAGUCAGUGGAGGCAGAUAUCGCCGGGCUGAGAAGGGUCCUAGACGAACUGACAAUGAGCAGGUCCGACCUGGAGAUGCAGAUCGAGGGUCUGAAGGAGGAGUUGAUCUUCCUUAGAAAGAACCACGAGGAGGAGCUGCUUGCCAUGCGGACUCAGAUGAGUGGUCAGAUAAACGUGGAGGUUGACGCCCCAUCAGGACCCGACCUCGCUGCGAUAAUGGAAGAAAUCAGAGAUCAAUACGCAGCUAAUGCCGCCAAGAGCAACAAAGAUCUUGAGGCCUGGUUCCAAGCGAAGACAGCAGAGUUGAACCAAACUGUUGCUGUCAACACAGAAACCAUGGCAACGUCCAAAACUGAGAUCACAGACCUCAGGCGAAUGCUGCAGAGUCUGGAGAUCGAGCUGCAGUCACAGUGUAGCAUGAAAUCGUCACUGGAGAGCACCCUGGCUGAAACCCAAAACCGGUAUGCCAUGCAGCUCGCAGGUUACCAGAAUCAGGUGACGAUGCUGGAGGAGCAGUUGCUGCAGCUGAAGGCCGACCUGGAGAGACAAUCCCAGGAGUACCAGAUGCUGCUGGACGUCAAGACCAGGCUGGAGAUGGAGAUCGCCGAGUACAGGAGGCUGCUGGAUGGAGAGGGUGGCAGUUCCUCCUCCUCUCAAACCAGGUCUUCCAUGACUUCCUCCAGCUCCUCUAGCAGUGUCGCUACUGCCGUCGUUGCUGCCCCCGUCAGCACCUCCAUCACCAAACAGAAAGUCAUCACCAUCGUGGAAGAGGUAGUGGAUGGUGUAGUUGUCAGCAGUAGAGAGCAAGUCCAAGUCCAAGAGAUGUGAGCACCUUUGGGUGGCGCACUCACUCAGCUACCAUCGAAACAAAUCCACAAAAUAAAUGUGGGCUGAGGUGCCUUAAAAAAAAA